UGAGGUUGGGUACAGAAAUGGUCGAUAAGUGGAAACCUUGAGUAUUGCACGUUGUGCAACUUCAAUUUUCAUUAAUGUAGUCUUGUCUGCACCUCCCCAUAUAGUUAUGCAGUAAGAGAUUAUGGAUUGGCAUAAAGUCAGACAAUCUGUCCUGCUUCACACAUGGCUGCAGCAUAGGCUGGGUGUCCGGGGUGCUGGGUAGCGAGGCGCUGACGGGCGGCGCCUGGCUGGCUGCCCUGCCAUGUCUGGUGGCGCUGCCAGCGGCGCCCAUGUUCGCCGUGCUGGCUGACGUGCGGGGACGGAAGGCUGGCGCUUUUUGCAUAUGCCUUAGUUUUAUUAUAAGCUGGUCACUAGCCGCGUGGUGUGGAGCACGUGGUGUAUGGGCCGCACGAGUAGCGGCUGGAGCCGGCGGCGCUGGAGCGCUGGCGCUCACACCGCUGUACUGCGCUGAGAUCACUCCUCGCACUAGGGGCCUGGCCGCCAUGCCAGCUCUGGCUAGCAGCUUUGGAAUCCUGUUCGCAUACUCAGCAGGUGGAAUACUGUCUCCACAUGCACUGGCACUGUCAAUGGCGGUGCCGCCAGCCGUUCUAAUGCUGUCUCUGCUAUGGCUGCCAGAAACUCCUUCAUAUCUCAUAAGCGUUGGUAAAAUACAGGAAGCAGCAAAAAUAAUGUGCUGGUUUGAUGGAUCGGACUUCAGAGAAGACCUCACUGAUGUCAUUGAACAACAAGAGGUUCGGAUCCGCAUAUCUGACGGGUUUGGAAGGAAGGAAGUGAUGAGUAGACAGGAUUCUGACACCUUCCAGCCCAUGCUAAAACGGAGCAGCGGCUUAGAAUCCAACUCAGAAAAGGAGAGGACAGAAAAGUCUACUUGUAGAGAAUUAUUUUGUCACCGUGGAACUCGUCGAGCAUUACUGUCUUGUGUAGCAGUGCUGUGUACUGCAGCGGGCAGCGGUGCUGGAGCAGUCAACAGUUUCGCAGCUGCUGUGUUACAGCACUCAUCGCAUGCAGUGCCAACACUUAACACCACAGCAUACAACUUCACUAUUUACAAUGGAACUCUUCCUCGUACUCUAUUUGAGGCAUCGGAAGCUGGUUCCAUGUUGUGUGGUACUGCCUUGGUACUUGGAGCAGCGGUAGCUACUUUUACUGUAGACAAGAUUGGAAGAAAGACUUUGCUACUGUGUUCAUGUUCGGGAAUCGCAAUUGCGCUGAUGAUUCUGGGAAUAUACUGCGAUCCUCACCUACGUUUUCAGUCCUGGUACAUCCAACGUUUGUGGGCAGGAAAAAAGUACAAUUACAAAGACAAAAAUAUCAGAGAGAGACUGGAAAUACAAGAUCACAAUAAUGUAUAUAAUAACGCAGUCAUUUACGUUAACGAAAGUGGAAAACCGUGGUUCAGAGUUAGUGUAGAAGAAAAUAAUAUUACAGUGAAUGCAGACUGGUUGGUGAAAUUCGAAGACAGUAAAGCGAAAGAUGAGUUAUCUAUAUGGCUGCCAGUUUUGAUUUUAUCUGUUGUACUAUUUUUAUACAACAUUGGAUUGGGAUCCGUGCCUUACGUGCUUAUAAUAGAGCUAUUUUCUGUAAAUGUUCGAAGUCUUGCUUCUGGCUUGCUAAUUACUUGGAUGUGGUUUAGUAAUUUCCUACUUCUUCGUUACUUUGGAACUCUCGCUGUUUAUCUUGGUCUCCACGCUACCUACUAUAUUUGUGCCUCCAUCACACUUCUGGGCGCGUUGUACAUAUAUUUUGUGAUACCAGAAACUAAAGGAAAAUGCCAAGCUCAAAUUGACAAUGAUUUAAAAGGCCCGUGGCUUAUUAUCAAAGGAAAUAGAAAGAACGAGCGAUGACAGUUAAGAGCAACUAGAGUGUUCACACUCUCGGAAGGAAAUAUCGUUGAGAACACAAAGUUAGAUGAAUGAUCUAAAUGAAGAGAAUUUUCAAGAUUGUUCAAGUUUUACCAGUGUGACUUUGUUUUUAUCAGGCUUGGUGAAGUGUACUAAUUUUAGGAUUUGUGUCUUUAUGUCUAUUAAUGAUAUGUGAAUAUCUGUACUAUAAUACCUUAGUUUUUAGAACAUUACCUAGCAUAAAUAUGCAAAACAUGGAAUUGAUGUGGCAACUAAAUUAUAUUUUGUACUAUGUUCAAGCUAUUUAGGUGUCUUGAGAAAUAACAUAAUUGUUAUUCCUUCAUUGUCACUUACCAUCUGGUAAGAUUGUAGUCAAGAGCUAACUUGUAAAGAAUUAAAAAAAUAACCCUUCUUGCAAUCGGGCAAUAACUAAGCUGUCACUUUGUUUUUAAUUGUAUAUAAAUAUUAUUUGAUGUUUAAUAUAAGAACGCUCAUCUAAUUUGAAUGUGUAUUUAACAAAAAAUGUGUCAAUUAAUGAUAAGAUUUUAUAAAACAAAAAUAUAUCUAUAAUUGAUAUUAUAUCAUAAGCUGAUAAGUAAAUUAAAGGAUGAUUAUUUUUGCCAGUAGUAAAAAUACACAAGCGCUUCUUGCGUUUAUCUUACAUACUUCUGGAUAAUCACAUAUAAUUUAACACUUCUUUAAUCUGAUAAUUUCGUUAAAUGUGCUUUUUGUUGUUAUUGUUACCUCCUUGGUACCUAAUUCAAAAUGUGAUGAUAGCCGUGUUUCAACUGAUAAUGCUAUAUAGGAUACCUAUUAUGCAAAACGCAGGUCAUUUCAUAAUUUAUGAUUUAUCGAAUGUUCUAUGUACUUAUGUAUUUUCUUCUCCUACGUAAUUGAUUGUCAAAUCCUUAAAAAAACAAUUCCAAAUAAUUUAAAUGCAAUGAUAGUGUACUAUCCAGUGCUUCAUUACAAUUUUUUUUACAAGUAUCGACUUUUUCUACAUCAAUUAAAUUAGUAACGGAAAUUAUAACAUGUUACUGUUAAUUAAUAACAUAAUAAUGUACUGGCUCAUAUCUUUGAUCGAGUGAAAUAUCUAAAUCUUUAUUACUAGGGUGUACCUAGAUGUAACCAUUAUUUGGAUUCUGACCUGCCUACCAAUAGAUAGUAAUGUUAGCCACUGACGAUCAAGUAAUCUCACAUGACCGUAGCGCUAACGGCUUUAUCGGUUUUAUCGGAUGUGAAGCCCCGUUAGCGCUGCAGGUAUAUGAAAUAACUUGAUCGCCAGUGGCUGACAUUAUACCAUAGAAAAAAUUAUAGGACAUUGAAAAAUUAUCACAAUUAGAUACUACUAUCUAAUUGUGAUAAUUUUUUUUUUUCAACAAGCUGACCAGCUGGAAUAGUCGGC